UGUCAUAGUGUCAUACAACUAUAGAAGUCAUCGUCAUAUAUGGACAUAUGGUUACAGACAAAGUAACAAGUCCCCCUUGUUCUUCGAUCCAAUUUAUAUAUUCUUCUCUUGUUGAUUCACAGUCUUUAACUGCUUGAAUUGUAGCAGAAAAUCGCGUAAAAAUGGAGAAAACAUGUAAAUCAAUGAGUUUACUGAAGCUAGUUGAAGAAAGAGCGUCCAUGAAGAAGAAACUAGAUGAACAGAAGCAAAAACAACAGUUGGAUUCAGUACCUUAUCUUCCAAAAGAUUGUGUUUCCAAUAUCUUAAUUCGAUUACCUAUCGAAUCCCUUCAACGAUCAAGAUUUGUUUGCAAGCCAUGGUAUAGCAUCAUCAAGAGUCCCACCUUUAUUCGUGACAAUCUUCAUCGGGCCGAGAAGGUCUUGAUCUUCUUGAGCCCGGUGAAACGAUUGUCACGCUGGUGGGAUCAAGAUUCGGAUUCGGGUUUUCCUUUUCACGAAAACCCUAAUACGUUUUCGGUUGAAUCGAAGGUUUUUGAGCUGAAAUCGGUUCACAUGCUUCUUCAGCCAUUAGUGAACCCAACCUUUAAGUAUGCUAUCAAGUUCAUGGUCCUAGAAGAUGGAAAGAGCACGACACGUGACUAUAACGCGACGUGUAUGGGCAGGAUUAGGGCGAGUUGUGACGGGCUGAUCGUGGUCGAUAACACGUUGGAAAAGGGUGAAUUGGUGAUCAUGAACCCGGUCACUCGUGAGCUGAAUUUACUUCCUUUAGGUACUUUAUACCCUUCACACGAUGAGUCAUAUGCGCUCGUGUGUUGUGACGCAGGAGGGUAUAAACUAGUUCACUUGUUUCGAGAUGAGUCGCAGUUCAUCGGAUGUGAGGUUUUAAAAAUUGGUGAGAAGUCAUGGAGGGAUAUCGACGGGCCAUCUUUUGGGCUAAUUAAAUGGUUUGGAUAUGACCCAGUUUUUGCUAUUGGGGCGUUACAUUGGGUUCCUGAAGUUGACCAUAGUGAAUACAUAGUCACAAUGACUAUAGAGGAUGAGAAGUUUCACAAGAUCAUGCUUCCUAAGACUAGUAGAUUUAAUGAUCGAAUAAUGGAAGCGUAUGAGCGCCUUUGUUUCGUGACACACGAGGAAAUGAACGAAAUAAGCAUCUGGGUCUUGGGAAGCGUGUCGGAAGAAGCGUGGACGAAGACAUAUACGAUCGCGGUCGGGUGUAUAAGAGAUUUGAUCCCUCUUUACUUUUUGAGAUUUAAAUGGGAGUUGUAUUUCUUGGAUAAAGAUGGUUCGGUUUUCUGUUUUGAUUUUGAAGACCAACACAUGAAAAAGGUCACAACAACGGAAGGAUGUUUUAAGUUAGCAAAUGGGGAGUACACGCUUCAUGUCAAUAGUCUUGUUUCCUGGCAGACAAUAGACAUAGAAGAAUGAUCGUGAUCACGACGCAUGUAUUAUAGAUCAACGGUGUCAUAUGUGUUGUUUAUGUCGAGAUGAUGCGCUUGAAUGUUUAUGAGCUAUCAUAUAAUUUUAUCAAAAACAUAUUUUUAAUAUAUGUAUAUUUUUUUAUUUGCAA